GUUAUCUCUACACUUUUUGUAGUAGCAGGUGAAGCUUCAAUUUAUCUUUGGUCUGUUAGUCACACGCCACCUGAUCGAUGAAAUGCCACAGAGGAGGUGAACGAAAGUAUGAUUAUAAUGUGAUGGUGAACUGUAUAGUGAAGAACCCAGCUUCUGGUGGUUCAGUGGAAGCAGGUUUCGUAGAAAUGUUAUUGUUGUGAAGUUUUGUUAGGCGAUAGCAAUGAGAGCUGUGAAAAACCUCCUCUGUGGGUCAAGGGUUUUGUCAGCCAGGCAGAAUGCUGUGAUCAGAAUGAAUUCCAUUUCGUACCACUGCUUGGAGGAACCGAAGUUGGAGUCUUUUUCGUCUGAUUGGUAUGAAAAAGCCUUCUCAAAGCUAUCAAUGUUAUCUCACUUGCUGAAUAAUGUGGAUGUCAUUAACGGGAGCAACGCAAAGGAGAACCAGCAGCUUCCUUGUUUCAAUCAAGCUGGUGAGAGAGAACCAAUGACUGUGGAUUCACUCACAAAGGUUUCUGAGAUCUUGAAUAUUUCAGCUCAACAAAGGAAGGUAGUCAGGGCAACGAUAUGCCCCCAGGUAACUCAACAUCAGAUAUGGACUGGUGCACUUGAGGUGAUACUAGAUAAGUUGAAAUCUGAGAUGGAGUAUUUGGAUUCUAAGUUCCCUAGUAAAGAAACUAAAAUGGCAAA